CCUCUGGUCGUGGCCGCCAUCGGAGAGCAGCAGCCAUGGCCCUGCGCUACCCCAUGGCCGUGGGCCUCAACAAGGGCCACAAGGUGACCAAGAACGUCAGCAAGCCCAGACAUAGGCGGCGGCGGCGCCGGCACCUCACCAAGCACACCAAGUUCGUGCGGGACAUGAUCCGGGAGGUGCGCAGCUUCGUGCCCUAUGACCAGUGCGCCAUGGAGCUGCUCAAGGUGUACAAGGACAAGCCCACCUAUACUUUUAUUUUACCUCAGUCCAUCCACAUCCUGUAUUUAACUCCCCUUCUCUAA